GCUGCUUCCAACUAGCAGUAGCUCCGCGAUCGCGAUGCAGUUGCAAUGAGGCGGCGCGCUCGAUACCAUUGUUUUUUUUUGCUCUCGCACGCCCUCAUCCUCGUUGGAGAUCAUGAAACAGGAAACUGUAUCGACAUCGAGGAAGACCGAGGACGCGUCACCCUCCAGGCGACGGAGGAUAUAUUAGUAGAGCACGGCUCAUGCUCUCUGCUCAAGCUUGCCCAAUUAUCACAGAACAGAAAAUCUGUGACUGAGGCGUCCGGGCUGCGGAAUGUAGCAAUUCCACUCCUAAAAAUGUGUUGCCGCGUGGCGACCUCUUACAGGCACACGAGCCUGUCGCUGUCAAAAAAUGUGAAGAAGUGUGAGCAGAGUACUUUCUUACAGACGAGGCAUGUCGCUGUCGGUCAGGUCGGUCAGGCCGGCCACACAUAAUGUGUCCACACGCUAAUGGCUAUAUAUCUAUCCAUGCGUUGUGGCGCGGAUAGGCGACCAAUCACAUACGUGAUUAUAAUAUCUAUGCUGUAUUUCAACAAACGGAUCGGUCGCGAUGCAACGUCUUGCCCUCCCCUCACCCCCUCACCCCCACCUGUCUGC